UCGUGACGAAGACGAUUUUUUAAGAUAGCGUUAAGACAUUAGUUUGAUAAACUCCACGGCUUGUUUUGCCGUGUUUUGUACUGAAACAAACAUUUAGUGAAAUGCCAAAUAAACCAACAAAACAAUGGUUUCUGCCCGCGCCUUGGGGGAAGAUUGCAUUGGUAUCAUGGGGUCACCCGGCCAACCCAGCGGUGCUGAUGUGUCACGGCUUCAUGGACAGUGCUGCCACCUUCAUCCCCCUACUGGAACUACUGCCCGAUAGUUAUUACUACGUCGCCUUCGACUUUCCAGGUCACGGCCUAUCUGACCCGUACCCGGCGGGCAUGCUGCCCAGCCUGACCCACCUGCUGGGGGUCACGCGACGCGUCGUGGACCACAUGACCUGGGAGCGGUUCAACUUUCUCAGCCACUCUAUGGGCGGGUUAGUUGGUGCAUUCUACAACGCAAUAUACCCGAAUACAAUAAACAAGAUAAUAAACCUGGACAUCAGCACGGCACUGGGGUCGUUCCUGACCGCCUCCACCACCGGCGCGGCGGAGCUGAGCUCCUGGUACCUGUAUCUGUACGACGAGUAUUAUGGGAACUAUAAGAGGUACAAUACCCCUGAUCCCCGGCUAGUUACGUAUGAGGAAGCGGUGUCCUCGGUAGCGCGCAACAGAAAAGUUACGAAAGAACAGGCUGCUAUUCUACUGUCCCGUAGCCUUAUACCAGCUGGCGAUGGCAAAUUUCACUACUCCUGGGACCCGAAAAUGAAGAAAAUCACCAACAUAACCCUGUCAAGAGAAACCCUCACCCACAUAUUCACAAGACACACACCACCGACCCUCAACGUGACCUCUUCAGAGCUGAAACCCGAAGAUCCCUUUACCCAGUUUAGUGUUGAUAUGAUGAGAGUCAUUCAGGAGACAGCUGCGAAUCAUGAAACUGUGUUUGUAAAAGGUGGUCAUGAUUUACAUGUGACUAACGCGAGAGAGGUGGCGCCUUAUGUUGUUGAGUUUUUGGACCGGCCGUUUAACGCUUGUUUGUCGAAAUUGUGAUUAGAUUUAGGCCUUUGGUAAAGAGGUGCAUGUGAAUAAAGUUAACUUGCGUAUUUCAUU